AUGGAAGUGUCUUCUCAGUCAGUUAUUGAUAAAAAUGAGUUUUUUUACGAUAAUGAAAGCUUAAAUAAUAAGCAAAAUAAAUCUAUUCAAAUUCCAAACACUGAAAAAGCAUUAUCAACACCUAGAAGAUGCUGGAUAUGUUUUGACGAUAUUUUUGAAAAUUCAAAUAGUUCUGAUCCAUGGAGGAGUCCAUGUAAAUGUAGCUUAAUCGCACAUGAGAAGUGUUUAUUGAACUGGAUAGCUGAAAAUCAGAAAGCAGAAUUCUCAGAUAAACUAGUAUUAUGUCCUCAGUGUAAAUAUCCUUUCCGAUUUCAUGAUUCUUCAACAUUUAUAUUUUGGUUUAUGUCAAGAGUUGAUAAAGUUUUACAGAAAUCAGUUCCAGUAUUUAUUCUUUGUGGGCUUGGAAGCUCUGCAUUAAUUUCUGCUGCAUUUUAUGGAGUCCAUACUGUUUACACUAUUUGUGGUGACAUAGAUGCACAAAAAAUUAUGGAAUUCGAAAGUAAUUCUGAACAUUUUUGGAGACUUGCAUUGGGACUUCCAUCAAUUCCUUUUAUAUUGAUAUUUAGCCAGUUUAAUCAAUUUGAUACAAUUAUUCCAAUUAUUCCUCUUAUUUUUUUCGGAGAGCAAGCAUUAGAUAUUUCGCAGCCUUUGUCUCCUACUUUUACUCUAUGUGUUUUACCGUGGGUUCGAAUUGUUUAUAAUGCCAUCCAUAGACAUUUUAUACUUCCAAUACAUAGAAGACUUGGACAAGAACUGCUACAUCGGGAUGAGUUAUCAGAUAAUGUUCCUUCAAAUACUCAAUCGAUAAGACAAACGAAUACGAGAACUCAAGAAAAUCCGGGAACUCAAGAUACAAGAGGAAGAAUGAUAAUGGUUGAGGACUUUGAUUUUGGAAGAGUGUUAGUAGGAGCACUUAUGUUUCCAAAGAUUAGUAGUAUAAUAGGAAGUUGUAUCAUUAGAAUUCCUAGAAUAAAAAAAUGGAUCCCUAGUAAAUUUCAUUGUAGUAUUAUUGGUGGGUGUUUAUUUAUUGUUUUAAAAGAUGCAAUUAGUCUUUUUUAUAAAUAUCAAAAAGUUAAACAAAGGCGCUCAAGAAGAAUAUUAAAUUAUGGCGAAAAGGAUUCGGAUAUUUAA